CUCACGAGUCCUAGUCGUGAUUAGAGGGGUGAUGGCUGAAAACCGAACUUCGCGAAACUGCUAUUUCCAUUAAUUCCUGAAAAGAAGCAUUGUCCCCGUUGUACAACAAAUUUUUAACGUCUGCUAUUUUGUCUAAACUUAGGUUCGGAUCGACUUGCUAGCGCACAGCACUUGGCAUGCUUCUCAUUCCCCCCCUUAGUUCCUUACUCGUUACCCGCGCCCGGCUCCUCCCCCAAGCCGCGUCUGCAGUGCAGCUUGGCAGGACAGAGAAUCGCCGAGCGGGACAGGUUGAUGCUGGCGCAGCCGCUGCGGGCAAGGGGUUGCAUGUCAGGAGCCUGUCACGCCGGCUUCGUGUAGCCUUAGAAGUGGAUGAGCCACCGAACUUUCCGUCAGGCGUGUUGAACAGGUGACAAGCGAACCAUAACAGCCCGACUGAUCGCUCGGGCCGAGGCAAGCAGAUCGGAGCCAAAGUGAGAGACAUGGAAGAGGCAGACAGCGGGGCUCUCUGCCCCCUUAUGAAAAAGUUCGCAUCACCGCACAAAGGUAUCGACGUGCCGGAGUAUGGCUGGCGGAUCUGCCUAGCGCAUGAGUUCAAGGAGAAGAGGAAACCUUUCAAUGUCAAGAAUGUGUCUCUGUCCGCCUUGAUGGAGCACCUAGGACUUGGAUUCAGGUACUUAAAGUGGUGGUACCGGAAAACACGUGUGGAGAAGAAGGCCCCCUUCAUUGACAUGUUAAAUGUGCUACCUCUUCGUCAGAUCUACGGAGCCCCUAUUGGAGGUCUUGGUGGUGGCACUAUCACAAGGGGCUGGCGAGGGGAGUUUUGCCGCUGGCAGCUAAAUCCAGGAAUGUAUCAAUACAAGACUGUCAUUGCUGACCAGUUUACAGUGUGCUUACGUCGAGCUGGACAGACCAUCUACCAGCAGGUGCUAUCCGUGGAGAGGCCACAUACCCUGCAAGGGUGGAACUGGGGUUUCUGUGGCAACUAUGCCUAUUACCAUGCCUUGUACCCCAGAGCGUGGACUGUGUAUGAUCUACCAGGACAGAACGUGACACUCACCUGUCGUCAGGUGUCACCAGUGAUUCCACAUGAUUACAAGGACUCUAGUCUCCCUGUGGGUGUGUUCGUCUGGGACAUUGAGAAUCGAAACGACUUUGAUCUCGAAGUGACCAUUAUGUUUACUAUGAGGAAUGGGACUGGAAGCAAGAGCGACAAGAAGGGUGGACAUUGGAAUGAGCCAUUCCACAUAGAGAAAGAAGGCGAGGCUGUGUCUGGUGUCCUUCUUCACCACUGCUGCCAUAUCAACCCCUACACAUUGGCUAUAGCUGCCCGGUGCCAGCCAGAUAGACAGAUCAGUCACCAAACAGCAUUCAACCCGCGGGGCACAUGCCAGGCUCUUUGGACAGACCUCAUUGCUGAUGGACAGCUGAACUCCCCAGCAGGUCCAAGUCCUCCCACCCAGAAAGGGGAAAAGACGGCAGCGGCCCUAGCAGCCAAAUGCACUGUGCCCAGCUCAGGCCGCAACACCCUGGAAUUCAACUUGACCUGGGAUAUGCCUCGAGUCCGUUUUGGAUCAGCAGAUAGGGCUCACUUCAGACGUUAUACUCGAUUCUUUGAGAGCACUGGAGGGGCAGCGCCAGAGUUAAGCCACUACGCACUGACACACUACAGAGACUGGGAGAAGAAGAUAGAGGACUGGCAGCAGCCUAUUUUGGAUAACAGGAAUCUUCCCAACUGGUACAAGUCGGCACUCUUCAAUGAGCUCUACUUCAUGACUGAUGGAGGCACUGUGUGGGUAGAGGUACCCCUAAACACUGAUGUGACGGCAGGGCUGCGACCGGAGAAUGGUGGACUUCCCCCUCUGCCAGAUGUUCUCAAGGAGUUUGGACGCUUUGCCUACCUCGAGGGACAGGAGUACCGAAUGUACAAUACCUACGAUGUACAUUUCUACGCUUCCUUUGCCCUGGCUAUGCUCUGGCCCCAUUUGGAGCUUAGUCUACAGUAUGACAUUGCUGCUGCAGUUGUGAAAGAAGACAGCACCCUAAGGCUCAACCUGAUGAGUGGACAGAUAUCAAAGGUGAAGACCAGGAAUGUGGUGCCUCAUGAUAUUGGCGACCCAGAUGAUGAGCCCUGGGAGCGAAUGAACGCCUAUCAGAUCCACGACACAGCUGACUGGAAAGACUUGAACCUCAAAUUUGUUCUGCAGGUCUACAGAGACUACCAUCUCACACAGGAUACAACCUUCCUCAGGGACAUGUGGCCCAUUUGUCAGGCAGUGAUGGAGACGGAGUCUCAAUUUGACAGGGAUUCAGAUGGGCUGAUUGAGAACUCGGGCUACGCAGACCAGACAUAUGAUGGAUGGCGCGUCACUGGACCAAGUGCAUACUGUGGGAGCCUGUGGCUGGCCUCUCUCUUUGUCAUGUGCAAGAUGGCCAAGAUCUUCAAGGAUCAAGACCUUUACGAGAAGUACAAAGACACCCUUAAUCGGGGAGCUGAGGCCUUCGAAAAGAUCCUGUGGAAUGGGAAAUAUUACAACUAUGACAGCAGCAGGAAGUCGUAUUCAAACAGCGUGAUGUCAGACCAGUGUGCUGGCCACUGGUUUCUGAGGGCAUCAGGAUUUGAUGACAAAGACCUGCUGCCUUUCCCGCACUCCAACAUCAUCAGUGCACUCAAGACAAUCUUUGACCUGAAUGUUAUGAGCUUUGCGAAUGGCACCAUGGGGGCAGUGAACGGCAUGCGCCCCAACGGUAUUCCCGAUCGGUCCAGCGUCCAGUCGGAUGAGGUCUGGACUGGCGUUGUGUACGGACUUGCUGCAACUAUGAUCCACGAGGAUCUCGUUGAUGAAGGCUUCAAGACAGCGGAGGGCUGCUAUCGGACGGUGUGGGAGCGUCUGGGCAUGGCUUUCCAGACCCCGGAAGCGUACUGCGAGAAGUACAUCUUCCGCUCUUUAGCCUACAUGCGACCCCUGAGCAUCUGGGCAAUGCAGCUGGCACUGGACAUGCGACAGAGCAGGGGGAGCAAUGGCGAAGCGGAGUGAGCCAGUGCCAGCUCUCGUUUUUUACCUCAAAUCUCCGCUAGCUGCUCUUAAAUCGCCACAUGACUAUUUAUUGUAAACUAUAGGUGAAAAUCUUGAAAACAUGAAAAUCCAAAUACCUCCAGAGUGGCACACCCGCAGCAGACUCCUGCUGUGCCAGGAUGCCGAGAGCUGCUGUAAGCAUGGGGAACCCUCAGUUGGAAUCUCUGCCAUAAAGCCCAGUGUGGCCAUAUGGCCGUCUGGUCUAGAGAUGUGAUGUACUGCUUACCAGGAGUCUAAAAGACCAGAAAUACACUUUCCAGCACAGGGUUGCAUGGCCAGAAGUAGGCAUCAGUUGCCCACGCAUAGGCUUGGCAUGCAGAAUGACCACAGGGCACAGACACAAACAGCAGUGAGGCCUACGUGCCCUUUGUUUAGAACAGGCAGCUGUAAAACCGAGCUUCCUUUAGUCCUUCAAGCAAGAAGGGCACCACUCAUGCCAGUUUGUGCCAGUCCACCAGAGCCUAGAAGCCCAUAAUGUAUGGUGUACUGAGUGUCUGACUGACAAUCCCUGGUGAAUAUAAGAAGGUUUUCCAGCCUUUGAUUGGCUACCCUUGAGCAGACAUCUUGAGCAAGUUCAGUAGGUCAUGCUGGACUGGAUUAGGAUUUAUACCCUUUGCAUGACUGGCAUAUGUAAUGGAUCCCCACUGCUUGACUAGUGGUGCCCGAUGAGGUACGGGUUGAUUAGUUGGUGAUGCUGGAUGACUUUUACUCCUCUUUGAUCAAACAAGAUCUCCUUUCCCCAAGGAUUGUCUGAUAGGUAUAAUUGGGCAGCAUUUCUCUGGCUACACUUAAGUGGCUCAAGAUCGCCACACUUGUUGGACACACUAACAUCUUGUAGUCUUUUUGGUCAGAAUAAUGGAGCAUUUCUGGUGUUUAUUUGGCCAUGGCCGAGGUCUAAUGUUUAUAGAUAGGUGAUAAUCUUGAAAGGACACAAUCACAGCUUUGGCGGGGAGCGGGGGGCCACAACACUUUAUGGUAAGACUGCAUCCAUGAGAAUCUCCUUCCCAUAAGUGAAAAAUAGCAGACCUCAAACACUGGUGAACAUCACCACGGGCCGUCCUCGAGGAGCAGCCUAGGAUGUUCCAGUCGAUGAACACUCUUGUGCUGGUAUUUUGUAAAUGAUUUUUAAAUUUGUAUAUAAAAAAAUAAUAAAAACAACACGUGAUUUGA